UUUUUUUUUUUGUUUUUUCUCGCUGGAUAACGAAAGCUUUCCCAGAGUUUAUCGGAAUAAUUCACUCCAUACGCUAAAAAAUCAAUAACUCCAAAAACACCGCGCACACCCGAAGUUGAUGGCCUGUCUCGCUCCUCCCGUCCCGUCUGCUCUCACCUCAUUUCUGUCCACGUUGCUCCCCCGCGGCUUCGCUGUGGGGCCUUCGCAGCUCUGCGAGGGCAGGCUGGGGCUGUGGUGGGUCGGCCGCUCGCUGGAGGCUGGAUCCCUGCUGGGGAGGGAGGGGGACACGGAGUGGGCCUCCAAGUAUCCCGCUGACCCGAUGACUCACAGCCGAGAUGACGAGCUCACGAUGAACGAUGAGUCCAGAACGGGUCAGACCACCAGCACGGAGGCAGAAAAGGCACUGAUGGAGAUUGCAGCAAAUAAAGAAGCUUUACUACAAAGUGCCGUCUGGAUCAAAGAGAAAAACUUGGGGAAAAAAAUGUCAUUUACUGCCACCAGUGAUGAGCCAAUGGGGACAGAAAUUGAAUUUGUGGCAGUUCCCCAAACAAAGUUUGCCUGCCAGGUGCGUUGCAGAUCCCAGAGGAACGUGGCGGCGCUGUGUGCCUGUGGAGAGGUAUGCGUGGGCGCGUGUGUGGAUGUGCGUCUGCGUGUGUGUCGGGACAUCCAGCCGGGAACGGAGCUGCUGCUCUACGGAGACGCUCUAGGGAAAAGUCGGAAAACGGACGCACAGGACGACUCCCCUGGACACACAGAUGAAAAGGUGGAACACAAAACAGACCCAGAGACGGUAUUCACCAACACAUCGAUCAUUCAGGAGAAGGAAGAGGAGGACAAUCAGGAGCGAACACAGGAGGAAGAGGAGCAGGUACGGCACAGAAAACCACGCAGAUGCAUCAAGAGGAGUCACCCAACGGCACACACGAGGAAGAGGAGGGCUGAGAAAACCCUGGACUGUCACACUCACACAGACAGAACAGAUGACACAUCCAGUAAUAAUAUCACAACAGCAGGCGGACACACGGACAGCACAGGUCGUGUCCCAGCUGCUGCGGACAGACAGACAGACUCUCAACCUCCUCCGGUCCGCUGCAGCUCCCGCCUGGCUGCUAAACCGCGACGCGUUCACUGUCUGACCAGCAGGGUGAGGCAACCCUCCGCCUGCCCUGAAACCCCUCAACAGACGGAGGGACGGAGCGGCCCCGAGGACGCCGAGUCUGUCACAGAGCAGGUGGUUUCCACGCAGACGCUGCCGCCGGACGCCGAGGCUGCUGCAGCGGCGUGUGCGGUCGGGGCGGUUCUUACGUGGCAGCCAGAGAUCAGAGAGAGGCGGUACAGGUGUUCCAGCUGUGGCAAAAAGUUCUUCCAGAUCGGACACUUAAAGAAACACCAGUUCAGUCACACGGAGGAGAAACCGUUCAGCUGCCACGAGUGUGGGAAGAACUACACCUCUGCAGAAAGCUUCAGAGCACAUCAAAUGAGUCACCGCGGGGAGCGUCCGUUCUCCUGUCCUCACUGUGAGAAGACCUACGGCCUGAAGCGCGACUUGAAGGAGCACAUGGUCCUGCACACCGGAGAAAAACCCUACGUCUGCGAGCACUGUGGCAAGGCAUUCGCACGCCGCCCCUCCCUACGAAUCCACCGCCUCCUUCACUGCAGCAGAAUGAUUUACACACAGCCUCCGAAGGUGCAGUGUACACUCUGCCCCAAGCAGCUGGCUAACUCCGGCUCUCUGAGGAACCACAUGAAGCUUCACACAGGGGAAAAACCUCACGUCUGUCAGCAUUGUGGAAAGUGCUUCAGUCAGAAAGGGAACCUCGAAUGCCAUCUGAGAACUCACAACGGAGAGAAGCCGUAUCCUUGCACCGAGUGUGACCAGAGUUUCUCCCAGAAACCGGAACUCCGUCGGCACAUGUUUUCCCACACCGGGGGAGGCUUCCUCUGUAGCUACUGUGGAAAAUCACUGAGGGACCCGCACAGCCUGAAGUCUCACGAGAGGCUGCACACUGGAGACAGGCCUCACCGCUGCCCGGUCUGUGGAAAAGGCUACACCUUGGCCACCAAGCUGAGGAGACACAUAAAGUCCUCUCACGUGGUGGAGAAGCCGUACAGCUGCCACUGCGGUGCCUCCUACACUGUGAGACAAAGCCUGCUGAGGCACCAAGCUCAGCACAGGACUGAGGGAGGAACUCAGGAGGAGGGGAAGGAAGGGGAGUCGGAGGGAGGAGAGGACACCAACAACGGCAAGAAAGAGGUCGUGCAAGAGUCAAGCUCCAACCACCCAAAGCCAAUCCGAGGCAGGCCCAAGAAGAACUCGCUCCAUCAUGGGCAAGGAGAGGAGGAGGCGGGUCAAGUGAGGCGGAAAAGGCGACCAGGAAAAGGGGAGGAAAGAGAGGCGAGGCAGGCGGGGACGGACGUUGAAGAGACUGAGACUUCGAGAGCAGGGAAGGGAGGAGAUGAUUGUGACAUCCAACAGACCGUCGUCUACGCCCCUCUGCUCCUGGCCUCGGACAGCUCGCUGCCUGCAGGGACGGGGCAAGAGCUGGUGGAGGUGGUGAUCUCAGAGGGCGCAGAGCAGUGCAUUGUGGUCCACGGGGAGCAGACAGUAGGAGAGCUGCUGAUCUUACAGGAGGAGGGGGGCGGACUCUGCUCCGUGGCUCAGACAGUCGAGAUUAACACAGUGUAGCCUAAAAUCCUGGAUCCUCAAAGUGUCUCCUUCAGGACCGAUGUCCGAGUCCACAGGAGACACCUUCAGUUCAAUAUGUUCAGUACAUUUCAAUAAACUUUAUGGUGUGUUUUUGUUGAACCCACCUUCCCUCAGCCUACCUCGUCACCAUUUCCUUCACUUUAUUACUUUUUGCAUUCCCCCAGAUUGCCUUUGAACAACCUCUACAGAACAGAUGUGAACUCAUUAGAUGAAAUUAGCUGCUGGAGGGGAGAGCAAAUACAAAUAACAACUGUGAUGUUUCCCAGUCCACAACUAGAGAAAUCAAAAGUUCAGCCUGUUAUUUAGAUGCCAAUAUGUUGUCUGUGUAGAAAGUGGUCCCGGAGCCUCUGCAGGGAUGGAUUUAGUUUUGUUUAGAUUGUUGAACAUCAGUUUGAUUCUGAAACCUAAAGCUGACAUUUACUGUUGAUGCUUCAGAUAAAACAAACACUUAAAGAGUCCAUUGUAGUUGCACUGGACAUAUCUCAACUUUUCAUUAUUCAGUUAAACUUAAUAAAAACUGAAAAAUAAACCCAGAAAUGCAACGUAUUAUUGGUGUGUGUUUAUACAUGUUUAAAUUUUUUAGGGUGGACUUUUCCUUUAAUGUGAUUCAGAGGCGUUUCCAGACUUUUUUAACUGAAUUAUGUGUCUCAGCUUUUCCAGUCAUUCUCCAACACUGUUUAUGGAUCCCAGCAUGCAGAAAUAUUCAAAUACACUAGGAGAAAAUAUGCAGAAACUGCAGUGUUUGCCCAAAACUGCAUGAGAUUAGCAUAAAAUGGGAAUGUUUGGGCACUCAUGGGUACCCAUUUUCAUCCAGAUAUCAGAUAGGUCAAGGGCUCCCUUUUGAAAAUGCCAGUUUUUCCAUCAGCAAAAUUUAGCCUGACUUUGGAGUGUUAUUUAGCCUCCCUUCCUGAAAAUGCCAGCAUGAGAUGGUUGGUACUGAUGGAUAAAUUCACUUAUUCAUUCACACAGCUAUAAAAAGGAGCCUGCUACAGCCUCGGAAAGAGGUAUGGAUAAUCGGGUGGCCAAUCAGACCCUGAUGUAAUUCUGUGUUAUAGCAAACGUUGGUACUGAAGUAUUUACGGCUCCUGCACUCUGUCAGUACUUACAGUAACUUAUUCAAUAUCUGAUGAAGGCUGGCCGACUGAACAGCGUGCAGGAGCGGAUUCUUUUGAACCAUCUGCAAAGUACUGAGUAUUAAAAGUAUUCAAAACCACAUAUUAAUACUUAAUGCUGCAUUCAUUGAUUAUUGCAACAGGCUGUAAACACAACACUGACAUAUAAAUGACCUUCUAAAGUUUAAAAAGCUGCCAAUACCCCAGCUCACAGCAGCACUUCUCUUCUGGUGGCCAGCUGGUGCAGAGCCAACCACAGUUAACAAAAAACACACACAUACCAGGAUGGACACAGUUUUAUUACAUUAAAAACAAAACAAGAAGGGCCGAACUACACGUUUAGCAUGUCGUUUAAUAUAAAUAAUGUUGGAUGGUAGAAUUAUAUUGGCUGUUGUUUUGGGAUGUGAACCUGGUUAUGAUAUAGUGUGAUAUACAGAGCAACAUUAACAUUCAUUUGGAGUUAAGUCUUUUUAGUCUUGGAUUAAAGGAUUUUGUUCUAGAUAAACCCUAAAGAAAAUAGAACUUUUUAGCCACUUGUGGCCUUUUACACAUUCAGGAGACAGUGUCAUUCAUUUGAAGUCGUGUUUCUGGCCACCACGUUACUGUAAGUCCAAUAUUCACUCUUAUUUUAGCUCCAUUUGGUCUCCACCAACUCCUGAAAACAAUAUCUGGCUCUUAAGCUGCUAAAUGCUCCAUUACAACCACCAGCUAGUCUCUAAUGUCGUCUGCUGUUUGGUGCUGAGCAGGUAGUCAACAGUCUGUUUAUCAGAGCUUUUGCAGUGAGCGAGACACUGGUGAGCCCCCACUGUUAAUAUAAAAAUAUCAGUUAGUGCAGCUUUAAGCAGGUUAUCUCAUCAGUUUCCAGGAACCUGGUUCUGAAUGACCUGUAUUUUAAAGUUGAUCCCUCUAUUGGUUCUGACGAAACCGGAGAGCGAGAUAAGGAUAAAGCGCAACAAAACCUGCUGAUAAGAGAGACAAGCCGUUUAUCAAACACCUGCUGAACAAUGAGAACGUACAUUUACAGAAAUGUGAUCCUGGUCCAGUCUUCAUCCACAGAAUCGCUUCACAUUUAUAUGAAUUGUGUUCUGAUUUUUUACUUUUUCAUCAAAAGGAAGAGACAAGCAGUAUUGAUACGAGUUGUAUUGAUAAAAUCCUAAUGAUAUCCAUCCCUGCACGCCUCAUUCAAUUUCACUUUUGUAAAAUUAGCUUAUUGAAAGGUUAGGCAGCACUGACAAUGUAAUUGCAAAGUCUAUGGUUUGAGUCGGGCCAGGGGACCUUUGUUACAUGUCAUCACACAUCUCUCUCCCCUGAUUGCCUGCCGUCUCUCUGUUCUCUAAUAAAAGCAGGAAAAAUAGCCCCAUGAAUUAAACAAGUUAGGCUGUUUUUUACACCAGUAUAGGUUUCUUUUUUUACUCAAGCAAAGCAUUGUGGGUUAAUUGUAGAAAGAAAAGUUCAACAUCAGAGAGUUUCUCUGCUGUUUUUCUCUGAUUAUGUUAUUUAGACAGAGAUAAUGGCAAGGAUUAGUCACAAUGUAGAAAAUGGAAAGCGUCAGCCUCCGGAGAGCCACAGGACGAUGGAAAUAAGCAAAGUCCCUCCAUACAACCCAAUUUCAAAAGCUGCUAGACGUCUGACGCACACAGAGAAGAAGUAAUGCACGGACUGAAAAGAAAAGAAAUCAUGUUAUUUUGCUCAAUAAAGGAUAAAAUCCUCCCAUAGAUUCAGUCGAGUGCGUACUUGAGCAGCAACUAUAAAGAUGUUUGUGGUUUCCUUUCAAAAGUCAAAAUGCAGAUUAAUUAAAAAGUCUGGCAAGCUGAAUUGAAAACUUUAGAAGUCACCUUGUGAAUGCAACUUUAACCACAACUACAAAUAAAUUCUAAAUAUGGCUUUUAGGAAGCCCGUCCUCACCAGUAAAACAGCCGUUUACGACCCGUAUUUACGCGAUUGUUAAGUGGCGACCUCUAGUGGACGCAGUGAUUAUGACUGGAGCAGUAUAAAGAGGGAGAAUGCCCGAGUAUGGAGGAGGUUGGACUUUCACCCAGGAAGGAAACUGUGGUCCAAAAGUCAAUGUUGACUUAUUUAAAGUUUCAGUGUGUAACUUUUGAUCGGUACUGACCUCUGCAGACAGGGAACCCCCCACAAGAGCUGCAGGUUUGGAGAUGCUCUGACCCAGUUGUCCAUCACAAUGUGGCCCUUGUCAAAGUUGCUCAGAUCCUCACGCUGCCCAUUUUUCCUGCUUCUAACACGUCAACUCUGAUAUAUCCCCCCCACUGACAGGAGCCCUGAUAACCAGAUAAUCAGUGUUAUUCACUGCCAGUGCUCACUGUGUUAGUGCUGAUGGGUGUAUGUCGGAAAUGUAUUCAGAAGUUAUUGUUUUGUUGUUUGUGUUUUUGUUUUGUUAUGCAGCCAUAAUGCUAUUUGGGGGACCUUGCCAUGGAAAAGUUUGGGAACCUCUGGCUUAGACUACCAAUAGCUGUUCUGGCGUGAUGAAGCAGCCUCGACGGACCAAACUCUGUUAUAAAUCUAAUGUUGUUUACACCUUCUGUGUUCCAGCUGCUCUCCACUUCUGUCGUUCACUGCCAACACCGGUAAUGUUGCUGGGAGGUUCUCACCCACAAUGUACCACCUCCUCUGUAAAACAACUCUCUGGAUCCUUUGUAGCAUUUCUUAAGACCUGAAAAAGUUUGUAAAGAGAAAAUAAAAAAGAUAUCCUACAUACAGAUGAUUUAUUACUGA